AUGUCUGUUAUUUCAGAGCUGUUCAAGAAAGAGCAGAAGCCUACUGAAUUGAGUAAACAUGCAAUGGCUGUGGAACUUUCAACUGCUCUUGUUGAAUGUUCCAGAGAAUCCUGGCAUGAAUUGAGAGAGAAUAAGAAAGAAAGAGCCUGGGGAGUCCACCUUUCUAAAAAUUCGGUGAAAGGACAUUUUUUUGACACUGACAUUUCAGGAGCUGCGCUGCAAGAAGCGGCAGGCUGCAACGCCACCUUCUCUAGCCUGUCCCUCCCGACGGGGGUGGGAAACCGAUCGCCACAGCUCAGGCUCCUGUCUCGCCCCCGGCCAGAUAUUGGACCCUCCUUAGCGGCCUCGUCAUCUGGCUCAGCCUGCGCUGCUUCGGCGCCUGCCAUUUUCUGCCCUGGACCUGCAGCCAGGCCGCACCGGGGGUUCUUUUGCGACGUUGCGAGGCCCGGACGGUUCGGGCCUAGAUCUCCACGACGCAAUAGGUGGAGAAGGCCCCGACGAGAUCCGCGCUUCUCCCUACCGCCCCCCCUUUCUCGCUGGCUCUUUCCCCCCUCGCUCCUCGUCCGCUGCUUACAGAAAAUGUGGCGGAGAAAAACCUGUUCGUCUUGCAGCACCAUAAAAAUAAGCAUUUUCAUUACAAGACGUCUUCAAUUUUGGGGUCCUCCCUCAAGUAAUGGCACCGCAGGCUGGUAUCCAUUCUGCCUUAGCCUAAAGCUGGCCUGUGGGGAUGCUAAUAUUUUUGGCUGGUUCUUCUGCUCUGUGUUAUUCUGGACACCUGGAAGGAGUAUGGAAUAGAAGAUGCAAUUACUAAACUCUGCUUUAGAAUCUAAUAAAACUUCUGCACAUUG